AUGAAAACCGACGGUUUCGUACGAGUUUUGUGGUGGAAAUUGGUGCUAAUUAUAAAUUUAAUAGAUGGAAAAUCGAUGCACGAAAAGGACAAACACGAUGUGUUCAGCGUCGACGGUGUCGAGGGACGCAACAUCGAGCUGCAGUGUCCCAUUACGGUGCCCCUGUCCCAGGUGUACAUGGUGCUGUGGUUCAAGGAUAAUGCCGGCAUCCCACUUUACAGUGUCGAUGUACGUGACAAAAUUUCCCGCCAGCCGGCACACUGGUCAGCGCCGGAAGUAUUUGGAUCACGUGCCAAAUUCAAUAUUGAUAAAUCACCGGCAUCUUUGCUGAUCAAGAACCUGAAGCGACACGAUCAAGGAAUGUACCGGUGCCGAAUUGACUUUCGUACGAUACAAACGCAAACGUAUCGAUACAACCUGUCCGUCAUUGUGCUGCCCGAGCAACCGGUGGUUCUGGAUCGUUGGGGGCGCCAUAUCAACGGUACGAAGCUGGGCCCGAAAGAGGAAGGCGAUGACGUCGUUAUCACCUGCCGUGUUUCUGGUGGACGGCCACAGCCCGAGGUGCGGUGGCUUAUCAACGGCGUAAUCGUGGACGAUCAGUACGAGCAGAACUCGGGUGAUGUCAUCGAGAACCGGCUGCUCUGGCCAACGAUACAGCGGAGCGAUCUGAAUGCCAUCUUCACCUGCCAGACGAUGAACACGAAGCUGGUCGAGCCGAAGGAGACGAGCUACGUGCUGGACAUGCACCUGAAACCGCUGACGAUAAAGGUGAUCAAUCCACCGAGUACGCUGGUGGCGGACAAGCGCUACGAAAUCGUCUGCCAGAGUACGGGCUCCCGGCCGAACGCCAUCAUCACCUGGUACAAGGGCAAGCGGCAGAUGCGUCGCACCAAGGACGAAAUACUCGACCACAACACCACCACGUCGACGCUCAGCUUUGCGCCGACCACCGAGGACGACGGCAAGACGCUUACCUGCCGGGCGGAAAACCCGAACGUGAACGGGCUGUUCCUCGAGACGGACUGGAAGAUGAAUGUUGUCUAUCCACCGAUGGUUACGAUCCAGCUGGGACCGACGCUGGUCGUUGACGACAUCAAGGAAGGUGACGACGUGUACUUCGAGUGUCACGUACGGGCGAAUCCCGACUGGAAGAAGCUGCAGUGGUUCCACAACGAUAUCCUGUUGCAGUACAACGGUUCCGCGCGCAUCAUCCAGAGCGGCCAAAGUCUCGUGCUGCAGAAGGUGACGAAACAAUCGGCCGGAUAUUACGCUUGCAGUGCAAUCAACGCCGAAGGCGAAACCGUCAGCGAUCAGCAGUACCUGCGAGUGAAGCAUGUACCCGUCUGUGCAACAGAAAGGCUGGCGGGAAGUGUGCCCGUGAACGGUAGCGAGCUGUCCGGAGGCAACCGGAAUACCAUACUAAUUGGCGCGUCCCGGAACGAGAAUGUGGAAAUUCCGUGCCACAUUUUCGCCGACCCACCAGCCAGAUCGUUUCACUGGCGAUUCAACAACACUGCCGAAAUUCUACAGGUCGAUGCACAUCGCUACACCAGCCAGGGCAACAUCAGCAUACUGAACUACGCACCAGUGACGGAUCAGGACUACGGUACACUAACCUGCUGGGCCGUUAACGAAGUUGGCCCUCAAAGUCAACCGUGCACGUUUCAGCUCAUCCUGGCAGAUCUACCGUCACCGGUAAGUAAUUGCAGUCUGCCGAACCGGACGCAACAGUUUGCGGAAAUCCAGUGCACACCCGGCUACGACGGAGGCUUACCGCAAGUGUUUGUGCUCGAGCUUAUAUCGAAAAGGACCGGAACCCGACGGUUUAAUUUUUCCAACAAAAAUGAACCACUUUUCGUGCUGGACCGGUUGGAGAAGCUGAGCGCACUGAUGACACUCGAGAACAAUUCGCUCUCCUGCGUGGUGUACGCAAUCAAUCAGAAGGGUCGCAGCACACCCGUCCUAAUACAGGACUUUGAAAUUGGUCGCAUUCAGCCCUAUCGGCCCGCAACCGAACGCCGGACGGACAGCGUCGAGUGGCUACCGAUAGCCGUGGGCAUUUUGCUCACCGUCAUAAUAUUGGCUCUAUCAAUUUCCACCAAAACAUACCUGAACCGGUGCUUCGCGGAUGCCAGCGGAUGGUGUUGCCGUGGCGCCGCCAAACGUGGCGAUGCGAGCGAUAAAAGUGGUGAGCAGCAGACGAAGAACGUGCUCCUGCCGGACGAGUACGAAUGUGGUGCGCACUGUUUGAAGCUGAAAAACGUGCAAAUGUUACGGAGGCACAGUUCGCGAAAGAAAAAUUGCUCCAAAGACUCGAACGAUGACGAACCGGAACCGGACGUCAUACCGGCACAGUUCAACAUGGUGUCCUGUACACCGUUAAUAGCGACACCGCAGCACAGUGAUACAGCUACCCGGGAAAAGGACGCACAGCGGUACGGUGGCUUUGCAUCCACUCCGGCAACAUAUCAAAUGGCCACCGCCGACCAUCCCAUCGUGUCAACGCAGGACACGCUCGAGUACCGGACGCACGGUAGCAUCGUCGGUAUUCUGCCCUCAACGAAAGCCGUACCCGCCAAUGCUGGUCCCGGUAGUUCCGAGCUCGAUAUCAACGUGAUCAAGGACCGGCUGCUGACGACACGCGUACCCGAAAGCUGCGUUUGA